UGCGCGUGCGCACUUCGGCGGAACGCCAACGCUGGAACGUGGGGGUUCUGACGCACCUCCGCGGUGAGCCAGGCAUGGCGGGCGCGGGCCCCGUGUCGAGUGUGCUGGGGCUGCUGCUUGUGUCUGCGUUGUUUGGGGUCCUGGGAGAGCGCCCCAGCCCCGAUCUGGGGGCACACUCAGAACACCGCUCCCAGGUCGGUCCCGGGGCCACCGAACCCCGGCGGCGGCCGCCACCCAAGGACCAGCGCGAGCGGGCCCGGGCCGGAGCGCUGCCUUUGGGGGCGCUGUACACUGCUGCCGUCGUGGCUUUUGUGCUGUACAAGUGUUUACAGCAGGGCACGGAUGAGGCUGCCAUUCUCCAAGAGGAAAAAAACAAGAAGAAAUCCUUGCAGGCAGAGCAACAGCUGGUGCAGUUAACACAACAGCUGGCCCAGACAGAACAGCAUCUCAACAACCUCAUGACCCAGCUGGACCCCCUUUUUGAGCGGGUGACUACGCUGGUUGGAACCCAGCGGGAACUCCUCAGCAUGAAGCUCAAGACCGUCCACCAGCUCCUUCAAGACCGCAAGCCUGACGCGGGUGUGCAAGUUCCAGGUAAACGAUCGGGAGGUGAUGGCUGGGAGACAAAGCCCGUGAAACUGGAACCAGCUGAUCUCUCCCUCACAGAGGCCAGCGUACCCUUUCCUGAGGACUUGGGGAAAGAGGACCAACAAGAAGCUGGGAACAGUCAGACCUGCAAGGGGCCCACAAACUGGAGCCCAGAUUCAUGGAACCUAGCUCCUUCCUGGGAGGUAGAGCAGGGACUGAGGCGAAGAUGGCACAAGACUGUCACAAAGGACCCAGCAUUGAAGGGGGGGCAGCCACUGAAGGGUCAGUAAAACCCAGUCCCCUUGCCCUGGGUAUGUCUGUGUUUUUCCUGCUUCCAGCUGGUCAGACACAGGAAUACUAGGUGCAUAAGCCAGCUGUGCCUCCCAGAAAAGGUUCCCUUAUUAGGAAAAGAGACUGCUUCCCAGAAUUCAGAGAAGACAGAGGGAGCUACAGUCCUUCCCUGUACUCCGGAGGCUACUGAAUGCCAGCCGUCAAGGCUCAAAUUCCUUUUUCUCGUGGUUUAGACAAAGUUCUUUCCAAAAACACAACAAAACAGCACUUUAUUAAAAUCCAGCGGGGAAAUAAAUUAUAGGACUUUUCAAACAUAGGAGGUAGUUCAGGAAGAUCUGGAGUUCAAGGCCAGCUUGGGCUACAUGAAAUCUUGUCUCAAGAAAAGAAAGAAACUAUACAGUAGCUAGGUGUGGCCGCAUACACCUGGUAAACCAACACUUGAAAGGCUGAGGCAGGAGGAAUUCAAGUUCACAUCAGCCUGGGUCACAUAGGAAGACCCUGUCUCAAAAAUAAAAUAAGAAACCAUCGAUAACAAAAAGGGCCUCCUAUAAAAAGCUACAGAUUGAAUAGGCAGCAAGGCUCCCCCCGCCCCCCUCCCUGUGGCAUGGUGUCAAAGGAGCUGGAUCAGCUGGGGCUCAGCUAGGUUCAAGCCUGCUUUCUGAUUCUUGUUUUGUUUUUUAAAACAAAACAGGGUUUCUCUUAUGUGGCCUUGGAUGUCCUAGAAUUCGUUCUGUAGACAGUGCUGGCCUAGAACUCAGAGAUCAGCCUGUCUCUGCCUCCCAAGCACUGGGAUUAAAGGUGUGCGCCACCACUGCCAGCUUGCUUUGAUAAACUAGUUAAAUGGCCCGUGUCAGGCCAUGGAGGGCCCUGUGGUUCCAGUGUUGAAUUCGACUUCCUUUUGUUCUUGGCCCUGCCCUAUCCCUGAGUAUCCUGAGUUCUGGAAUUUUAAGAUUCUUCUUAGGUAUGCCAGCUGCCACAUAUAUCCCAGGAUAGCACAUUUGUAGAUGACAGCAUCAUGUUGCAGUAGGGCUGGACACUUCUAGCUCUUCUGACUUCUGUAGGAAGAGAUAAACAGUUCAGGCUGGAAUGCGUGCUCUGUUCAGUCGCCCGUGGGGAGCCCAGCGGUGAGAGAAGCACUCCUUUCCAGCUCAGGAAAGGGCAGAGCUUACCUGAUGGCCACGGUCAGGCUGUGGUACCAUCGUGACAGCUCCUCGUGGUCAGUGGACAUGAGCAGUAGCUUCUCAUGGGGGAAGGACAGCUAGGGAGAAACGGCUUUAGUUCAGAACGAGUCAGGCCGAAGCGGUCACUGGUUCCAUGGCGGUCACUCAGGGAUAAGAGGAUGACUAAAAGGAGAGCUUGUCCCCAGCCAUGCCCUUACUGUCAUGGAAAGGGACCCAGGCCAAGUGAUACGCUGGUCUGUGAGUGCCUGUAGUACAUCUGAGGCCCAGAUUUCCCAUCUACUUACACUGAGCAGACCACCACAAGUUCCUCCCGAAUGGCCAAAGACCCUGUUAAGUUGACACUGGGACAUAGGGUACAGAGCCCUGCAGACAAAGGUGCCACUCUUCAGCAGGUGCAGUGGGGGUCGAGGCUUGGCCAUGAGGAGCACAUCAGAGAAGAGGAAGAACAUGCGGGGCCGGGGCUCCCCAGUGGGAGGCACCACUAAAAGCCAGCCCUGUCUCAGGAACCAUCGCCCUAGAAAAUGAGAGCCGUUAAUCUUGUACAGCUUCAGAAUCCAUGGGAACACAAAAGGGCAGGAAACACGGGCAGGAGGUAUAUGCUGGCGUUGAAGUUUUUUUUUUUUUAAUUAUCGUAUGUAUAUGUAGAGGUCAGAGGACAACUCCGGGGAGUCAGUUCUUUCCUGCUACCUUUACGUGGGUUCCGGGAUUAACUCAGUUCAUCCAGCAAGUGCUUUCAGCCACUGAGCCAUCUUGCUAGCCCAAUAAUAUGCUGGCUUUGUUGAGGAAGAGAAGCAAGUAAGGGGGUAAUGAGGACGGAAGGACAAAGUCCACAGUUUACCUGAGGUAAGCCCUUUUGCCUUGUGUCCACUGAGUAGAGCCUGGACACGGAGGAGGUGCUGGUCAUUCUUCUGGCUCUGGCCAAUGGCGUGGACUCUCUGGGCAGUCUCGCUCACCAGGCGGGCAGCCCCUAGAACAACACCCUCUCCCUCAUUUCCAACAGUACUUAGGCUCUGCGUGGCUACUGGUGGUAGCUAGCUAGCCUGGAGGGGCCUGCAUCAGGUUCUAGCUUCUUGCAGAGGCAGGACCCUUAGGGACACUAUACAUGUAAUGGGAGAUGGGGACAUACCAGGCAUUGUUGGAGGUCAGAACCAGAAAGACUUUCGGGACAGGCAGCCUCUGCCUGUGUUGGAGAAGAACAAAAACCUACGUGUGAGCUGUUGGUAGUCAGGGCUGUUGGGAACUGUGUUUUCCGCCAAGGCCACGACAAGAUUCUCGUACCUGGAAGUGGACAAUUGGAAGAAAAGUGAAGUAGAGCCAGGCAAGAUGCCCUGGUUUCAAAUGAUCUGAAGAGCACCUCCCAGAUGUUCAUCCCUUAAUUAAAAGGUCAGGAAAGGCCUGGCUGCUCUGCUGCCCCUCUCCAACCUGGGACUCAGAAUCUGGGCUCACACUCUGCAGGCCACUUCCAUCCCACAGUAAAGAAUCAGUGGCCGACUGUAGUUCAGGAGGCUGGGUCAGAAGAUGCAACUUAAACCAAGGAGGCUACCACAGACAACCUAGGAACCCUGGAAUAGAACUUCGAGACCAAUGAACUUUUCCGGACAGCCUGUCUAUUUCUUAGUGCAGGUUCCCUCCCUUCAGUAUGCAGUCCCACGGUCCCAGUCUGAAGCUGCAGUCCCUGGGUGCCCCUGUACUUCAAGACACAGUCCCACAGCCCCAGGUCUCAGGCUGCAGCCCCUGGGUACCCCUGAGUAUUCACAUUUACUCCAGUAAAAGCGCCUUAGAAGAUAAUUGGGCUCAGAGAGGCAGAGCUGGGAUAGAACCUAUGGCGUCCCCCACAAAGCUGUAGGCAGAGCUAUGCAGCCAGAGGAACUAAUUCUAGUCUAGAGGGGUCCACUCACUGCUGGAGCCGCUGCACAGGCAGAGGGAGCAGGUCCUGGAGUUGAAGACCCCUAAAUUCAGGGCGGCCUUCCUGAAG